AUGGCUUCCUACAUUCCCAUUGCGCAUACUGCGAGCAUCCAAGCAUAUACGUAUUGGGACUCUCCUAACCCCGUUUCCUUCCCUGGGCAAAACAGCACAGAGCCAUGGAUUUUCAACCCAACCACAUUUACCUUGAUCACUACGCCAAACGAAGCAGUGUUGGUUGAUACUCCGACGGUGAAAUCUCGAGCCGAGCCGGUUGCAGCGUGGAUAGCUGAGAUUAUUCAACACCGAACUCUGAGCACUAUUUACAUCACUCACGGCCACGGCGAUCACUUUUUUGGUGCUGGGAUCAUCCAAGAACAGUUUCCAGACGCUGUCAUCCGUGCUACCAACGGCACAUACACUCACAUGCUGGAACAACUUACUCCAGAACUCUGGGACGGUCUCUGGGUCCCAACGUUUCCUGAGCUGGGACAGGCUGGGCCUCCAGACCUGCAGGUGGAAGUCUUGCCUGCGGGCGCAGAACACUUUACGCUGGACGGUCACGAAUUCCGUGCUGUCGAGGUUGCCGGAGGCGAUACGGCGUCUUCCACGGUUCUCCACGUGCCGGACUUGAGUCUUGUUGUUGGAGGAGACGUUGUUUACGGCAACAUUUACCAGUAUCUUGCCGAAAACACGACACCGCAGCUCCGCCAGGGCUGGAUUAAAGCUCUUGACCAGAUUGCCGCCCUCAAGCCCAGACUUGUGGUGCCAAGUCACCGUCAAUUCACUGACGGCUUCGGACUGGAACACUUGAGUGCCACGCAGGAAUAUAUUCGCACCUGGUCAAAGUUGGACGCGGUGACAAAGACUUGGCAGGAACUGGAAGCGGCUGUGACAAAGGCAUACCCGAAGAGAAUUGGAAACUUUAUCCUUCGCCUCUCUGAGCUGGUGUCCAAGGGUGAUGUGCAGCUCCCAUAA